AUGAACGGAUACGUCAGUGUCCCAAAGCCAUCAGGCGACAGAUUAAGAGGGCUGCAGAGCCAGGAGGAAAGACGGCUUUUCGACCUCGUUGACAAACUCAAGGAUCUGGAUGUGCAGAGGGAACUACAGCUGCCGCAGCUCGUCGUAUGUGGGAGCCAGUCCUCCGGUAAGAGCUCGGUGCUGGAGGCGAUCAGUGGCCUUUCGUUCCCGAGAGGAGAAUUUACAUGCACCAAAUUCGUGACCGAACUCAGAUUCCGGCCCGGGAAUGUGGAAUCAAUUGAUAUUCAGAUAGUUCCUGAUGCGGCCAGGAAUCCCGACGAUCAGGCCCGGCUCCGGAAUGUCAGAUUCAAACCCAGACGGCUGACGGAGCUGGGCAAGCUCGUGAAGGAAGCAGAGUCCGUUCUGUUGGGCGGUCGUGGAGGAUUCUCCGCCGAUGUCCUCAAGGUAGAGGUGGUGAGACCAGACCAGCAACCGCUGACACUCAUCGACACGCCCGGCUUGAUUGCAUCCCACAAUGAAGGCAGAGAAUAUAUCGACCUCGUCCAGCAGAUCGUGGACGACUGGAUCAAGCAGCCGAGGACAUUGAUUCUGGCUGUGGUGGAAGCGAAUCUCGACCCGCAGAAGCAGUCGGUCCUCACGAUUGCAAAGGAAGUCGAUCCGACAGGGGAGCGCACGUUUGGCAUCAUCACGAAACCGGAUCUCGUCGAGUCGCCGUCUGGACUCGAGGACUUUUGGAUCCGAAAGGCCCAGAACCUCCCUGACAGACUGGCCGAAUUCAACUUCGCCAAGGGAUGGCAUGUCCUUCGCAACCGCGGAGUGCGGGAAACAGGCAACGACACGUCGAUGAGCGAACGGGACGAGGCCGAACACCAGUUCUUCACGGACCCGGCGCGACAAUGGCAGCAGGUCGACCCGGCGCAUUGGGGCAUCCAUUCGCUCCAGGGCCGUUUACGGAGCAUCUACUACGAGCACGCGCGGCGCCAACUGCCCAUCAUCGAAGACGACAUCAACAGUCGACUCCAGAAGGCGAUCAAAGAGCGGGACGACCUGAACGAGAAAUUGGCCGACGCGGACCAGAUCUGGUCCAGAUUCUGCGACAGACGGACCGACCUCGCCGUCGAAGCCAAGAGCUGUGUCGACGGCACGUACGACGGCUCGGCCGACUGGGACGGCUCACCGGAAUAUUACCUCCGGUCGCGCAUCGAGGAGGACCACGAGGAGUUUGCGCGCGACGUGGAAACGAACGGCCACGGCCUGCGAUCUGCCAGUGGCGCGCGCAGCCUCACGGACGAGAGGGACAGUUUUCGCGUGUACGUCGAGGAGAUGCUCGAGUCGACGCGCGGCCGCGAGCUCAAGGACAGCUACGACCCCAAGCGCAUGAACCUGCUGUUCCAGAAGCACUCGGCGCCCUGGAACGAGAUCGCCAAGAAGCACCUCGAACGCGCGCACAAGCGGUGCGGCACUUUUGUCGACCACAUCAUCGACCACGUCCUGCAGGAUCACUUACCGGGCUUGCCGAAGCGAGUCACCCAGGCGAUCAAAGAGCAUCUGAAGAGAGCGCUCGAGGCGCAGAAGAGGAAAGCGGAGGACGAGUUGCGCGCCAUCGAGGACGAUCGUCGCCAGCCCGCGCAGACGCAGAGUAAGCGCGUCGAACAGCGCGCGCGGCAGAUGCGGGCCAACAAGAUGUUUGCCAUGAUUAAUCGCGUGACCGAGGAGGAGUCGGCGUAUCUGGAGCAGACCAACGCCACCGCCUCUCAUGCUCAGGAGCAGCGGAGAGAUGGGUGGGAGAAAGAGCGAGAUGCCGUGCCCAUGACCCCCGGCACGCCAGGACGCGCCAGUCUCAAUGCCAGCGGGAACCCCAUACGAUACACCCCUGCGCACGUGGACCGGGUCCUCGCGCAAGACAGCCGCGCCGAGUCGGCCGAGGAAAUGGGCAGGCGCAUGAUCAUCUACUACGAGGUCGCCCGCGAUGUCUUCAUCGACAAUGUCGUCAUCCAGGUCGUCGAGAGGCACCUCCUCCGCCCGCUGCAUAAGUUGUUCCACGGCGAUUUCGAGGUCGACAAAGACUUCUUCGCGAAAGCCGUCGACGCAGAGAAGGACCAGAAUUUGACGGCCAGAAGGACGGCCGUGAGUGAGAGGAUUACGCGGUUGAUGGGGUUUCAGGACGAAUUGAGGGCGGUGUAG